AUGGACCCCAAGGACCGCAAGAAGAUCCAGUUCUCCGUGCCCGCGCCCCCCAGCCAGCUGGACCCCCGCCAGGUGGAGAUGAUCCGGCGCCGGAGACCAACCCCUGCCAUGCUGUUCCGGGUCUCUGAGCACUCCUCACCAGAGGAGGAGGCCUCCCCGCACCAGAGAGCCUCAGGAGAGGGGCACCACCUCAAGUCGAAGAGACCCAACCCCUGUGCCUACACACCCCCAUCGCUGAAAGCCGUGCAGCGCAUUGCCGAGUCUCACCUGCAAUCCAUCAGCAACCUGGGCGAGAACCAGGCCUCGGAGGAGGAGGAUGAGCUUGGGGAGCUGCGGGAGCUGGGCUACCCAAGAGAGGAAGAAGAGGAGGAGGACGAUGAAGAAGAGGAGGAGGAGGACAGCCAGGCUGAAGUCCUGAAGGGCAGUAGGGGGCCACCUGUUGGGCAGAAGACAACUUGUGGCCAGGGUCUGGAGGGGCCCUGGGAGCGUCCGCCCCCUCUGGAUGAGCCCCAGAGAGAUGGAAGCUCUGAGGACCAAGUGAGAGACCCCGCACGAAGUGAGCCCGGGGAAGACCCACAGCGCCCUGCCCACCCUGAGCCUGGCACAUAGGCACUCAGCUCUGCAUCUCCCAGAAGGAAGUGGAGGGGGCAUCACUGUUCCGCAGAAACCCUCAAUCCCCACCCUGUUUUCUCCCCUUCCCCUCACUCGCUAGGGCUGCGGCUUCUGACUUCUAGAAGAAAAAGCUGGUCUGUGUUUGCUUGUUUGCCCACUUUUGGCUGAUGCCCAGAGUCCUGGGCACUUGCUGCCUGAUGCCUACCCCUGCCAGUUAUUCCCCUAUUCACCCAGUGGUAUGUAGGAUGCGAGAGAAAUUGCUUGGAAAAUCUAGUAAUCGAGGGACAAAGGUCCAUCCUUCACAAUUCUACUUCCAGACCCUCUCCCUUGGGCACAGGAAAACCACAGGGCAGGACCCUAAGAUCUGAGGAAAGGGGGGUACAGAGAACCUGUAGGUGCCCUAGAUCCUUCUCCAUCCCCUCUCCUCCUAUGGGGGAUUCCCAGUCACCACCCGUCUUACUGGCUUCUAGCAGGGCUGAGGAUUCAGGCACCCUUCUCCACAGUGUCUUCAUUUUGGAAAUCUUCCCCUAUCACCCCUGCUCCCUAGCCUGGGUGCCUGGAAGACGGACUGGCAGAGCCUGCUUUGUUGCGUUUUGUUUGUGCUUUGAUGCCAGGAAUGCCACCUAGUAU